AUGGCUCCUAACCAUUUGAAGACACAACUUGAGAGUGACCUUGGCCCCAGCUGGUCCAAGCCGGCUACGCCGCGUCGUGUGCGACAGCUUAGCUCCAAGACCUCAGACAGCAGCUCGCUAUUCGAACCCGCCUCUUCCCCAACCGGGCGGGAGCCGUCUGGGGAGAGGACUGCAUCGCCACCUACUCGCAGGGUCUCGGCGUCAGCAAUAGCAAAGGGGUCAGGUGCAAGCCGCAAGCUUAGCUGGAAGUCUCAGACUCCCAAGACCAGGUCCGAUUCGGCUCCCAUAUCUCGCCAAUAUUUGGAGGGGAAGCACGGUGGCGACGAGGAAAAUAAGGCCGACGAGACAUUUUAUAAAGUUUCGGCGUCCAAGAGUCCAGGGCACAUAAUCGGUGAAGCCCUCCAUCAGCCUCCUGACCGAUCCAGCUCCUCUGUAGCACCACCGGAUAGGGGAUCCAGGACGCCCCCUUCAGAGGUGCGAUCCAAGCCGGACGAGCGUCGAGCCCAGCUGGGCAACGGGCGGAAUAGGAACAGCAGCAAGAGCAGCACCAGCACCAGCACCAGCACCAUGUCUUCGCAGAGGAAUCGAGGGCAGCGCGGGGCCAACCGCAAUAGCGACGCAUCCGGCUACGGCGAGGAGUAUGCGCUCUGGCAGUCUAUCCAAUCACAACUGAACUCGUUUCUGCAAAGCUUCAAUGAUGCAAGUGAAAACGUGCUUGGGAUUCGAGAUCAGGAGCAUCAGAUGGCCGAGAAACGAGAUGCUGGCGGAAACCUCCUCCCCGACUUCAGCCAGCUAGACACACUGCUGAGGACCGGUGUCAAGCUGAACGAGGACGCCAACGCCACUGUGAGGGAGUUACUGGAGAAGACCAAGGUGCUGCGCGCCAUCCAGAAAGCCAAGGAAGAGACAAAUGACCAGUCCCUGUCACGCUCUGCGACGCAACGCUCCAAGGAGUCUGUCGCCUCGUCUUCUGUCUACGACUUUGACGGGGCGGGGGACUCUCCUGUCCCUUCCCCGAACCCUCGUGCGGCACGGGGCGUGGGAAGCAGUAGUGGCAGUAAAGGCGACCGUGACCGCGAUUCAGUCCCUCCCCGGCUGGAUCGGUCUACGCCGAGCGCAAAGGCCGGGAGCGUCGAACCCGCAGGACCGGCCGCCAGCAUUGCCCGGUCCAAGGUCAUAUUUGCCAAGGGCGACGAAGUCGCUUUCAAGCCUAAACCGCAGAACAACGAACAGACAGACUGGAUACUCGGCAUCGUCCAGGAUGUCAGGGGAGAAGGGAAGUCCCGGCGGUAUCGAGUUCUGGACGCCGACGUCGACGAAGCUGGGAACCAGAAGGAUUUCCGUACCAGCGCGAGCAGCAUGAUUGCUAUACCGAAGGAAGGCACUCCCCUGCCACCUUUAGACACCGGCAAGACUGUGCUGGCCCUGUAUCCAAACACCACCACGUUUUACAAGGCUGAGGUCAUGGGUAUGGAUGAGGGCAGGGUCAACCUGAAGUUCGAGGGCGAGGAGAGCAGCAACACCAUGCAGGCUGUCGGUCGACGCCAUGUGGUCGAGUAUCGCGGAUAG